AUGACCGACAAAAAGUUGAGUGAGUUGACAAUUGAAAAGAGUUCUACUAAUGAUUUGGAUACUUCUGGAAUUGACACCAAAAGACUUGUAAUCAACCAUAAAGAAAAUAAAAAAUUCAACUUAAAAAUAUCAAAUAAAUUGAAAUAUUUAGAAACGGAUUUUCCAUAUGAAAUUUCAGUGUAUUGUGAUGAUAAAGUGACUGUCGAAAUCACUAAACAUAGUGAAAUAAAAUUACUUCAACAAAUUUCAUUCAUCAACUUUUUUGGUUUAAUAAAGUUUUACGAUUCAAUGAUGAGCGAACAGUGUUAUACUCAAUGGGUUAGAAAGCAUCCAGAAGAUGCAGCUGAUAUCCCCAAAUUCCAUGAGAUGAAUCCAGACCAACAGAAUGAAUAUCGAAUUUUUGUGAGUUUGGUUAAAGACUUAGAAGUACUUGAAUUUGACACGGAGUCGUAUGAUUACAGAGAAAAGAAUGAUAUAACAGAGACUCCCCAACAAAUCACAAUAGAAAUGAAAUUAAAAAAUUUGUCGUAUUGUGAAAUCAAUACAACUGGUUUUGAUUGUUUGAAUUUGCCGACCUCCCUCACAGAACUGAAAAUGAAAGAUCUUUCAGAAUCGACUUUUGAGUUUGAUGAUAUCAACAUUAUUACAUUGAAGUUGUAUGAAUGUCGUAAUAUCAAAAUCUACUUGAACACAACACUCAAGAAUUUGUAUGUAGAAAAUGGAUAUGGUGGAGACUUUGAGUGUCGGAAAGGAGUGAUUUAUCUCACUUCUUUUGACUCAUUUCAUUCCGGAAGAUAUAAUUCAAAAAACAUAGUCGUCGACUAUUUAAUUCCAUAUAAAGAGACUGUCGAACAAGGUCCAGCAUGGGCAGAUAGUGUUGUGUAUUCAUUCAAUUAUAUGAAGGGAAUGUACUUUGUGGAACAAGGGUUUAGUUCCUCAGAAGUUGCUUGGUCCAAUCCGGACCCGACUGGCAAGCCGACAUACCCAGCAAAUAUAUAUGCAGAACGAGCGUGUUACAAAUGUGAUGUUAGUUAUGUGUGGUUUAAAGCUGUCAAAGAAAUCGGCGACUUUUGUUUUGCAGAAAGUGUGUUUCGAGAGAAACGCAUUGAAAUUCCAGAACAAAUGACAACUUUUGGAAUUGGCGCGUUUUAUAAAGCUGCAAAUUUGGAAUCAGUGAAACUGCCAAAGGGUUUUAAGAAAUUGCCAUAUAAGGCGUUUUAUGGAGCAAAGGAUUUAACUGAAAUUACUUCGCCCGAGAGUGAAAUAAAAAUAGACGAUUACACACUUUUUGGGUGUAAAAAGCUAGAGAUAUACCCCAAAUUUAUACCAACAAAAACAGCAACCUUUUGUGAUGGAUAUUUGGUCAAAUUUUGUCACUUAAAAAGCAUCGAAGUAAGAAGUUGUGUAACAGAAAUUAAACGUUCAAAUUAUGCCAAUUGCAACGAACUCACUGAAAUUAUAUUACCGAACAAUGUGACGUAUAUUGCAGAUUAUGCAUUUGUUGGGUGCACCAACUUAAAGAAUAUUGUUUUUAAUGAAAACGUUGUCUUUGGGAAACACUUGGUAUUCACUAAUAUGUCAAAAAUUUUAUGUGUAAAAAU